CGACAGUCGUACACGGCCCCGCAGAAUCGUCGAACGGAAACGGAAAGAAAAAAUUCUCUCACUCUCUUUCACUCUGUCUCUCUUCGSGUCCGUCUCGUCCGCGCAUCGUCUCGCCGCCACCUCGACCACCAGGACAAUAAUAUUAUAAUCAGACCUACGAUCUACACUCAAUACGAUUAUUCUAUUUUUUAAAUAGAGUGUAUGAUAGGUACACUCGCAAUAAAAUAUCGCCGCGACAACGAUUCGAUCGGUCGGUCUCGAGCUUGAGUAAUACAACUAUAUCAAUACCUAUAUAGGUACACAUGAAAUAAUUGUUUUUUUUUUUUUUUAUAUAAUUCGUACAGGUACCACACACACUCACGCGCGCGCGAACGACAUCGCGAAACUUCCACGAUAUAUCAUCGUAAUCGUCAUUGUUUUUGUGUCAUUGACAAAACAAAACGGUACCCGCGGCCUGUCACAUCUGUUCGGUGGCUUGUGACGAACACAAAAGAUCCGAUCCAACAAAACAACGUAAACGCAGACGCACAUGCCAUAUCCGAGACGACCCCAAAGCUCUAUAUAACAACGAUAUCGAUUACGUAUCGUCGACAAUUAUUACACUCCGCGGCGUCACGAUAAUAAUAUAUUGAUAACAUUUUUUUUUUUCAUUCCAUUUCCGUCCGAUCAGCGUCCCCGUCAUCAUCAUCACCACCGACGACGAUGGCCGUCGACGGGAAAAACACUUCCGGCCGGCUCGUCGCCGCGACCGUCCUCUGGCUGCUCGUCGCGAUCUUCGCAAACCAGGAUUAUGUAAACUGUGCCGGAGAAGAAUAUGAGCAGCAACAACAACAACAACAGCAACAACAACGACAACAACAACCACAACGACAACCACAACCACAACCACAACCACAGCCACAACCACAACCACAACUACAACCACAACCACUACCAAACCAAAAGUCGACACAUCAAUAUGUAUAUCCACAACAACAACAGCCGCCACCGCCAUUAACACAUCAAUAUGUAUCUUCACUACAACAACAGCAGCAACGGCCAUUAACACAGCAAUUUGUACCUAAUAUGCGACCACAGCAGCCACUACCACAACUACCAUCAAAUCUAUUGACUCGGCCACCUGGUUUUGGAAUCAAUAAUCCACAACCACAGCGACCAAAUCAACAACAAAGCAAUGUUGCUAGUCCAUUAAAUAUGCCGGGCGAUGGCCGAAUAUCUGAAGGUCUAACUUCGGUUUCCGCUAUGCAGGCCGGUGGCUCAUCACAGGUGCCGAUCACAGGUUCAACUGUCGAUGAAACUAAUCAAGGGAUGAACCCACAGUUUCGAUUGAACUCGCCGUCAGAGCUGAACUCUAACUCACCAUUGUUACCGACCAAUCCACCAGUAGGCCAAAUCCAACUUAGACCUCCUGCACAGUUAACCGAACAAACGAAUAACGGGCAAGAACCUCUGAAUAACGCACAAGAGUCAAUGAGAAACCCUCAAAAUAAAUAUCCGCAGCAAAUGCCGUCAAUGCAAUAUCCACCACUUAAUCAAAUUUCCAUGAGGCCUAUGAUGGGUCAACAGAGACCAUACCAACAACAAUUGUAUUUCAAUGGCCACGCUUACGAAGCUCCGCCGCCAAACAACACACCAGGUUUACAGGGAUAUAACAUUGGAGACAUGAUGCAGYMUAUGUAUAAUAUGAUGAAUAAUAUGAUACCGCAAAACGUCGACAAAAUGUGCCAGUACGGAAGGGGAAUCAAGGAGGGCUUGAGCAGAACGUUUAGCGAGGUGGCCGACAGAGUAAUCAAACAGGGCCAUUCGGGCGUGAAGAAAGUCUUAGGCAUGGGCUCGAACGGAGCCGACGUUUUCUUUAACAUCGGCCGGAAAAUCUUAAUCCCGAAUCCCAAGAACCAGCAGGCCGGUGGUGGUCUCGGCGACUGGUAUAAUUCGCCACAGCAGAACAUGCAACCGGGCAACGGCUUCAACCCCAAACAGCCACUGCCGGUUCAAAUGAGCUACAAUAAUAUGCAGCCUCGCCCGGCGGCAGUGCAGUUCAUGGGAGGAAACAAUAACGGUCGACCUCCCGCACAGGGCACCACUACACAGUUUAUGKAGUACUCGCAACAGAGGCCGGAGCCCAACUACGCCGUGAAUAAUYCCACCAAUCCCCCGCAGCCAAUCAUCCGCUACGCCACUGUCUAAGGACAUCCUCUCGUGGUAYUCCAUUGAUUGUUCUUCCCAAGGGCAACCGAUAUCUUCAGCUUUUUCAUAUCCUCACCGUAUGCACGUCACUAUAAUUUAUGAAAUAAGAAAAACUUGCAUUGUUAUUUUCUUAAUAUAUUAGGGCUGCAAUUUUAAUUCGCAAUGUUCCAAUCAUUAUUAUUAUUAUUUAGCAUAUUAUGCACGAGGUGCACGAUAAAUGUACAAGAAAUAGUGUCAGAAAUUAAACAAAAGUUUUGUAGAAAACUUUUAAAAAGACAAAAGGAUAAAAGUGUAUUAUUAUUAUACUGUAAUAACAGACUAAUAAAGUAGGUUAAGGCUCUAUAAUUUUAUUAUUCCAAUACUAUUGUCGUACUUUAAAUAGGUAACUACCAUCACUAUUUUUACGAUGUUUUUUUUCAAUUGUACCUAAGUAAAAAGCAAUUAUUAUUGGUUCAGUAAAUCAAUAAAAGUUACUCUUUUUACAAAUCAACUGCACGUA